UUCCAGGAGUUUCAGAGCAGAGGUGGAUAGAGACGGAGGUGGUUUUCAGAGUGGGUCUGAUGGCUCACUGAAAUUGGGAAGAUGUCACCCUGGUUUAGAGGCCUAGGCUCCAGCUUGGACCACUCCUUAGGUCAGGUGGGGGACAGCUUGGCUUCCCUCACAGGCCAUAAGUCCAACGUCACCGAGGAUGAGGUUCUCGACAAUUUUGAGGAUGUAGAAGCAGGUUUACCUAGUUAUUGGAGAAAGAACAUUGAAGAUACCAAAUGGAUGAUCACAUAUGACAAUGAAAGACUUAAAAACUAUUGUACUGACCUGGAGGAAAGGUAUGCAGCAUCCAAGCUACGGAUCCAACAUCAAUCUGCAAAUUACCGAAAUGAACUGGCACAGAAAGAAGUAGAAAUCAGGCAACUGAAAGCAAGACAGUUUGACCUAGAGGAUGAGUUGUUGCAAGUGAAGUCAGCUGCCCAACCACUGCAUUCAGGAGCUGGUGGUGUACCAUCAACCACUGCCCUGUCUUCAUUCGGUCAUGACAUCAGUCAUGGUUCAGCUUUUGUAGGUGAUGACAUGGACUUCAGUGACAUCAUUUCUGCAUAACAAGAAAUCAACAGACUGUCAAUUGAAGUUUCAAGACUCGAAUUCGAAGUUGGCCAUUGGAGCGCUAUUGCUCAGGCACAGCAAACACAUAAUUCAGAUCAAAGUGAAAUCUGCCAACUACAAAAUACUAUUAAGCGACUUGAACAAAACCAAAAUCAAGACCUUGAUAAUCACCAAGGUGAAAUUGCAGUUUUACAAAAUGUACAUCAACAGAAACUGGCAGAGAUGAGUCGCCUGUAUCGAGAGGAAAUAAAUGACUAUGAAGAAAGAAUUAAAAAACUUGAAAAUCAGUUACAACAAGGUGACUCGGGAGUAACAGUAACUGAUGAGUCUAAAAUCUGUGACUUGCAAAAAAUGAUUCAGGUUCUACAAACUGAAAAACUAGAGUCUGCCAGGAAGAUCGAAGAACUUGAGGAUCAACUAAAAGACAUAAAUGAACAAUUAUCUUUGGCACAAAAUGACACAGAGGUCUUGAAGAGAGAAAAAGAGCAGCUCAGUGUGGAAAAGCAACAAAUAAUGGAACAGUGUGAAACCUUGAAGCUGGAAUGGAGUCAAUCGCAGCCUUCUGUGAUGGAGCAGAAAGAGGAGGAAAUUGGGAAUUUGCGGAAAACCAGUGAACAAAUAAAAGCCCAGUUGCAGGAAGACACACACAACACUCCAGCAGACAAUUCUGAUAGUUUUCAAAAAACAAAAAUUGAUCAGCUGUCUGAAGAUGAAGUUGGAAAACUCACUCAAGCUAUCCAGCAACAAGCUCUUCAGGCUAAAACUGAUUCAGGAAAACUUGAUAUGAUUCCACCCCAGCUCUUGGCUGCGUCAUCAUGUACCUCCCAGUCAUCAGAGACAGAGAAAACAAAAAAAUAUGAAGAAAUGGAUUCCGAAAUUAAACAGCUAAAGGAAGAACAAGAUGUGUUAAAAACUUUACUGAAGGAAAAAGACCUCUUCAUCCAAGCCAAAAAACAAGAGUACGAGUGCCAGUCCAUGAAGGAGCAAGCUCUUGCCUUUGAGCAGCUGUUACUAGAAAAAGAAGAUGGCAAGGCUGGGGACUUCAGUCAGCUUUUAAAAGCACUUGAAUCCAUGCAGGAGAAGACCUUCUUUUUUCAGCAGGAGAGAGACCAAGUCACCUUGUCUCUAAAGCACCAACAGAUGGCACACCGGACCUUAGAGCAAGAAGUUCAACACUUACGUGACAAAGAAUUACACUUAAAGCAGGAGGUACAAAGCCUGAGGAGCCAUCUUCUAGAAUCAGAAGAUUCUUACAGCCGGGAAAUUGGGGCUGCAGAGAAGAGAGAGAGGAACCUGAGAGAGAAAGUCACACUAUUGGAGGAAAAGCUGCUCUCCUCUUCUAAUGCAAGUCAUCAAGCCAGUGUGCAGGUAGAGUCCCUGCAGAAACAGGUGCGUUUCCUCUCCCAAGAGAGGGAUGAGAAUGCACUGCAGCUUUCGCUCUACCAGGAACAAGGAAAGCAGUAUGCCAUGUCACUCACUAACCUGCAAAAGGUUCUAGAGCAUUCCCAACAAGAAGAAAAAGCUAUGUAUUCGGCUGAAUUAGAGAAGGAAAGACAACGUACCACCAAAAGGAAGGAAAAGGCAGAAAAUCUAGAAAGAGAGGUAUCGUUAUUACAAGAAUGCUUGGAUGAAGCCGACCGUGUGUUGGAUACAGCAACCAGACCUACACAACACUUCCAUCAAAAUGAAGAACAGAUCGAACAAAGUGAGCUCCCACGAGAAAUAUUGGACGAUGCCCAAAAGAAAUGGAUGAGCUCGGAAAAUGGCACAGAAGGAAAAGUGGACAAAGCCCUAAUGAGAAACCUGUUCAUUGGGCAUUUCCAGACACCGAAAAAUCAGCGUCCCAAAGUGUUAAGGUUAAUGGGAAGCAUCCUGGAAUCUCAUUCAUCCAUUCCAUCACCAAAACUUUCUGCUCAUGCCAUGAAGUGUCUAGACUCCAGAGGAAGGAGAAAGGAACGUGCCAAUGUACCAAGAAGUGUGACAGACACAGCAGAGUUCAGAGCUGGUAAAAGAGAGGCUGUGAAUCCAUUCUUGGCAUUGCGUUCUGCGGUUGUGCCACUGGUUAGCCUAGCUGGACUUGGACCUGGUGGACCUGGGAAUCUCCUUUUGAAACCCAUCUCAGACUUCAUGACCACCUUUACACCAUUGCCAGUGUCGCUGGACAAUAGCGCCAGGAUGGCUGAAAGUUCUUUGAGGGUGCUGCUUCAGCUGCCUAUGGUCCCACUUGGGUACCUGGUUGCCCUGCCUGGGGGCCUAGGCUCCAGCUGGGGCCACUCCUUGGGUCAGGUGGGGCACAGCUUGGCUUCCCUCACAGGCCAUAAGUCCAACGUCACUGAGGACGAGGUUCUCGACAAUUUUGAGGAUGUAGAAGCAGGUUUACCUAGUUAUUGGAGAAAGAACAUUGAAGAUACCAAAGGGAUGAUCAGAUAUGAAAAUGAAAGACUUAAAAAUUAUUGUACUGACCUGGAAGAAAGGUAUGCAGCAUCCAAGCUACGGAUCCAACAUCAAUCUGCAAAUUACCGAAAUGAACUGGCACAGAAAGAAGUCGAAAUCAGGCAACUGAAAGCAAGACAGUUUGUACUAGAGGAUGAGAUGCUGCAACUGAAGUCAGCUGCCCAACCACUGCAUUCAGGAGCUGGUGGUGUACCAUCAACCACUGCCCUGUCUUCAUUCGGUCAUGACAUCAGUCAUGGUUCAGCUUUUCUAGGUGAUGACAUGGACUUCAGUGACAUCAUUUCAGCACAACAAGAAAUCAACAGACUGUCAAUUGAAGUUUCAAGACUCGAAUUCGAAGUUGGCCAUUGGAGCGCUAUUGCUCAGGCACAGCAAACACACAAUUCGGAUCAAUGUGAAAUCUGCCAACUACAAAAUACUAUUAAGCUGCUUGAACAAAACCGAAAUCAAGACCUUGAUAAUCAUCAAGGUGAAAUUGCAGUUUUGCAGAAUGUACAUCAACAGAAACUGGCAGAGAUGAGUCACCUGUAUCGAGAGGAAAUAAAUGACUAUGAAGAAAGAAUUAAAAAACUUGAAAAUCAGUUACAGCAAAGUGACUUGGGAGUAACAAUAACUGAUGAGUCUAAAAUCUGUGACUUGCAAAAAACGAUUCAGGUUCUACAAACUGAAAAACUAGAGUCUGCCAGGAAGAUCGAAGAACUUGAGGAUCAACUAAAAGACAUAAAUGAACAAUUAUCUUUGGCACAAAAUGACACAGAGGUCUUGAAGAGAGAAAAAGAGCAGCUCAGUGUGGAAAAGCAACAAAUAAUGGAACAGUGUGAAACCUUGAAGCUGGAAUGGAGUCAAUCGCAGCCUUCUGUGAUGGAGCAGAAAGAGGAGGAAAUUGGGAAUUUGCGGAAAACCAGUGAACAAAUAAAAGCCCAGUUGCAGGAAGACACACACAACACUCCAGCAGACAAUUCUGAUAGUUUUCAAAAAACAAAAGUUAAAAGUUUUCGUAUAGAAAGCAGAAGUGAAAAACAAGACCUGUGUAACCAUGAAACUGUAAAAGGAGUGAAAGGAAUCCAACAACAGGAACUUGAAAUUCAACUUGUAAAUGAAAAGAGUAGAUUUUUAACCAACCAGAUUGAUCAGCUGUCUGAAGAUGAAGUUGGAAAACUCACUCAAGCUAUCCAGCAACAAGCUCUUCAGGCUAAAACUUAUUCAGGAAAACUUGAUAUGAUUCCACCCCAGCUCUUGGCUGCGUCAUCAUGUACCUCCCAGUCAUCAGAGGUCAGAGAGCUGAGACAAUCACUGCAAGAAAAAGAGGCCACCAUUAGGAUGCUCCAGGAAAAUAAUCACAGGUUGUCUGAUGCAACUGCUGCUGCCACAGACAGAGAAAACAAAAAAUAUGAAGAAAUGGAUUCCGAAAUUAAACAGCUAAAGGAAGAACAAGAUGUGUUAAAAACUUUACUGAAGGAAAAAGACCUCUUCAUCCAAGCCAAAAGUGAUCAGUUUCACACUUCAAAUGAAAAGCUCACUGACAAAGUGAAUGAAAACGAGUUGUUGAGGCAAGCAAUAACAAAUCUAAAAGAGAGAAUAUUAAAUUUAGAAAUGGUCAUUUCUCAACUCAAAGGGGAAAAUGAAAAAAUGAUAGAAACACCCCAAGAAAAAGAAAUGGAGUAUCAAGCAUUACAAGAGAUGAACAUGAAGUUCUCUGUGGUCCUGCUAGAACAAGAGUACGAGUGCCAGUCCAUGAAGGAGCAAGCUCUUGCCUUUGAGCAGCUGUUACUAGAAAAAGAAGAUGGCAAGGCUGGGGACUUCAGUCAGCUUUUAAAAGCACUUGAAUCCAUGCAGGAGAAGACCUUCUUUUUUCAGCAGGAGAGAGACCAAGUCACCUUGUCUCUAAAGCACCAACCGAUGGCACACCGGACCUUAGAGCAAGAGGUUCAACACUUACGUGACAAAGAAUUACACUUAAAGCAGGAGGUACAAAGCCUGAGGAGCCAUCUUCUAGAAUCAGAAGAUUCUUACAGCCGGGAAAUUGGGGCUGCAGAGAAGAGAGAGAGGAACCUGAGAGAGAAAGUCACACUAUUGGAGGAAAAGCUGCUCUCCUCUUCUAAUGCAAGUCAUCAAGCCAGUGUGCAGGUAGAGUCCCUGCAGAAACAGGUGCGUUUCCUCUCCCAAGAGAGGGAUGAGAACGCACUGCAGCUUUCGCUCUACCAGGAACAAGGAAAGCAGUAUGCCAUGUCACUCACUAACCUGCAAAAGGUUCUAGAGCAUUCCCAACAAGAAGAAAAAGCUAUGUAUUCGGCUGAAUUAGAGAAGGAAAGACAACGUACCACCAAAAGGAAGUAAAAGGCAGAAAAUCUAGAGGUAUCGUUAUUACAAGAAUGCUUGGAUGAAGCCGACCGUGUGUUGGAUACAGCAACCAGACCUACACAACACUUCCAUCAAAAUGAAGAACAGAUCGAACAAAGUGAGCUCCCACGAGAAAUAUUGGACGAUGCCCAAAAGAAAUGGAUGAGCUCGGAAAAUGGCACAGAAGGAAAAGUGGACAAAGCCCUAAUGAGAAACCUGUUCAUUGGGCAUUUCCAGACACGGAAAAAUCAGCGUCCCAAAGUGUUAAGGUUAAUGGGAAGCAUCCUGGGCAUUCAAAAGGAGGAAAUGGAGCAUUUGAAUGGAGAUGAUGGUGGUGUUACUAAGUGGAUGAUGGGAUGGCUUGCAGGAGGAUCCCAAUGUGUCCCCAACACACCUUUGACACCAAAUGAGCAACCUGGGCUGAAGAGUUCUUUUUCAGAACUUUUUGUCCAGUUUCUGGAAACAGAAUCUCAUUCAUCCAUUCCAUCACCAAAACUUUCUGCUCAUGCCAUGAAGUGUCUAGACUCCAGAGGAAGGAGAAAGGAACGUGCCAAUGUACCAAGAAGUGUGACAGACACAGCAGAGUUCAGAGCUGGUAAAAGAGAGGCUGUGAAUCCAUUCUUGGCAUUGCGUUCUGCGGUUGUGCCACUGGUUAGCCUAGCUGGACUUGGACCUGGUGGACCUGGGAAUCUCCUUUUGAAUCCCAUCUCAGACUUCAUGACCACCUUUACACCAUUGCCAGUGUCGCUGGACAAUAGCGCCAGGGUUGUACUAAAGGACCUUUGAAAGCAAUUCAAAGUGAUUCUCAAGCCAGAGAUGAGUUAG